AUGCACACCAAAAAAGUAACAAAGCAGAGGUUUUAUACAUCCCACAUCAACGAGGCCAGUCAAAGACGUACCAUUGAUGUGCGUAAUCUUGUUGACACAUUUGAAGAAGAUAACAAGAAUGAAAAAAAUGGAAAAGAAGGGAAGGAAAGAGAGGAGGAGAGGGGUGGGUUUUGUGGUGUGCGGGGACGCCAGGUGUCUGCUGGGAAGGGGACAAGAGGGUUUCCGUUUUGUGUGGUAAUCGCCCUUUCCGCCGUCUCCCAUUCACGCGCCAGCUACUCGGGCCCACACCCACGUGCCCACUGCCACCUCGCCAUUCCUAGCGCCUCUUUUUCAACUUUCCUUCUCUUCUCAGAUUCUUCCAAACUCCAAACCGUCUACACUGCUUCAAGUUUUGUUCCUGUGUGCGCCGACGGCGAACGUGGACAACGCCGUUUUCCUCAUCGCUUUCUCUCUGUUUAUGAUAUGAUUCCAGAGAAUGAAUGUUUACGGCCCAAGGUCACAAAUAGAAUCCGCCCAAAACAGUUAAGUGUUGCUGAAAAUUCGUGA